AUGGCAAAGAAGAAAAAAACUGCCCCGGCAGCAGCCACGGCGGCCACUUCUCAGACCAAGCCCGUGCAGGUAGUGUUUCCUCCCUUGUCGUUGAAAGAAGACAUACGACCCCGUGUUCUUCUUGAAGACCAGAUCAUCCUUUUCGACGACUUAUUCUCAUCUGAAGAAUGCAAGGCCUACGUGAAGUUCAUCGACAAUCUGCCUCUGGAGCCCACGCCGCCACCGAAGAAGGGUGAGGCAGAGCGGGUCAAUCAUCGCAUCUCUAUACCUUCCGUUGAUUUUGCGCAACGACUAUUCACUGUUCUCGCUCCUCAUUUGCCUGAGUUUCCCUGCCCGGCUUCGGCGAAGCGACCCGCCAACGCGAUCGGUCGUGCGGCCCAUUCUUUGAACUCCAACAUCCGGCUAUACAAGUACCACGCGGGUCAGUACUUUGGACCCCACUACGACGACUCGGUGCGCGACACCGCAACGGGAGCAAAAUCGGAAUGGACAUUGCUCAUAUACCUCACUGGGGAGCAGGACGGCGUGCAGGGUGGCGAGACGAUUUUCUACAAGGAGCAACGAGGAAAGCCUACUGAGUCCAUCAUACCUCCCUUGCACAGAGGGACCGCUUUAUUGCACCGUCACGGCCAGGACUGUCUGCUGCACGAAGGCUCACCUGUACUGAAAGGAACGAAGUAUGUGCUGCGUUCAGACGUCAUGUUCACGAGGUAG